AUGGAUAUAGUGGACGGAAUGCGUUUUCUGCGCGUGAGGUUCACGGAGGAGGUCCGCUCUCUCCCGUACCCCACAAAGUUCAUAUCUGCAGGGGGAGCAGAGUACUACAGAGUUCUCCACGACGGACAAAUGCCAGUGUGCAGGCUGUGUAUUAAACCCGGGCACAUAUACAAAGAGUGCCCGGAGUUUAAGUGCUAUGGUUGUGGGGAACAGGGACAUUACGCGAGGGAGUGCAGAGCCGGGGGGAGAGAGAGUGCGAAAGAAAAUAGCAGGAAUGAAGAAAAGAAGGAGGAGAUGAAAGAAAGAAGUGAGACAAGUGAAAUGGAAGAGGGGGAUGCGGAAGAGACAGGUGGAGAGGAGGAGGAGGAGGAGGAAGGCGGAGGGGGCAGAGGGAGCAGCGGGAGCGAUGUAGAGGAUCUAGGUGCCACGGUUGCUGAGCUGGAGGUCAGAGGUGCCAGAGGAAGAGUGGAUGGCGGGAAAGGUGGAGGAGCGGGAGCAGGAGAUGGCGGAGAUGAGAGAGGCGGCGAGGUCGGAGAUGGCGGGAGACGGAAGGCUGAAACAGAGGCUCACUACUCGGACGUGUCUGAGGAUGGUGGUGACGACGGAGACGGCGGGGAGGAUGACGGAACAGAUGAGGAAGAGAUGGAGGUGACGCGACAUCUGGAGAGGAAGAGUGUUGGGAAGCCGGAGGAGAUACCAAGGAGCAGAGGGGUGCAGCUAAAGGAAGAGGCUUCGAUCAUGGAGGAGAUGGAGUCCAGUAGGACUACGGCAAAGAGGAAAGCGGAGAACACAGAAGAGGGACAGAAAAGAUUGGGGGGAAAGAAUAAAGGGAGGAAAAGGAGUGGAAGAAAGAACUCCGUCUUUAACACCAUCUUCUCGGCUCUGCUGUCGGACAAGCUGUCCCCGCUGCACGUUUCUCACUCCACCUGCAGGAAGCAGUAUGUGAAGCUGGGGAUACAUGUCUCAAGACUCUUGUACCAUCAGCACCGGAUCCCCUCAAGGCAGCGUCCUUUCUCCUCUGCUCGUCUCUCCGUACACCAACACCUGCACCUCCAGUCUCCAGUCUGUCAAGCUUGUGGAUUUCGCUGACCGCACCAUCUACAUUGGACUCAUCUCUGGUGGGAAUGAGUCCGCCUGCAAGAGGGAAAUCGACUAUCUGGUGUUUGGGACCCCAAGUACUACUAACUCUAAACCAGAGUGUUUAGUAUGUUCACACUGAAAAAGUGACGAUGUGAAAUAAAUAAAUUAUACUCAAAAAAGUGAUUGUGCAUACUAUAAAAUGAACUGAAUGAACGCAGACAACAAAAGCAGAACAAAACCAAGAGGAAAGAGGAAGUCCAACCUCGUGUAACACAUCAGUUGUCCAUAGAAACUUUAUUGGGAUAUUAUAUGGGCUUGACAUGAUAAACUAAUUGGAUAGUGCCCUGGAACAAAAAUGUAUGUUAAAAACUUUAUUUUUUAUUCAUCAUACACACACACACAGUUGUCAGGUGCUGUGCUGCUGUUUUGAUUGUAUGAAUAGUCUCUAAAGUGCAUGGAAAAAAAAUUCUAUCAGGAGCAGAUCUCUUAUAUUGAGAACCUGUACAGUCUGUAAAGCACACUGAGACAAAUGUAUAAUUUGUGAUAUUGGGCUAUACAAAUAAAUUUGAUUUGAUUUGAUUUUUUUAAUAAAGUAGCU